AUGUAUUUCAGUCUAUUCUUCUCUAUCUAUCUAUCUAUCUAUCUAUCUAUCUAUCUAUCUAUCUUAGACUUCUAUUCUUCUCUAUCUAUCUAUCUAUCUAUCUAUCUAUCUAUCUAUCUAUCUAUCUAUCUUAGAGUGUUAAUAUUUAUCUCAAUCUGUUUCUUAUCUAUGUAUUUCAGUCUAUUCUUCUCUAUCUAUCUAUCUAUCUAUCUAUCUAUCUAUCUAUCUAUCUAUCUUAGACUUCUAUUCUUCUCUAUCUAUCUAUCUAUCUAUCUAUCUAUCUAUCUAUCUAUCUUAGAAUUCUAUUCUUCUCUUUCUAUCUAUCUAUCUAUCUAUCUAUCUAUCUAUCUAUCUAUCUAUCUUGGACUGUUAAUAUUUAUCUCAAUCUGUUCUUAUCUAUGUAUUUCAGUCUAUUCUUCUCUCUCUAUCUAUCUAUCUAUCUAUCUAUCUAUCUAUCUAUCUAUCUAUCUUAGACUGUUAAUCUGUUUUAUCUCAAUCUAUUCUUAUCUAUCUAUCAUAUCUAUUUCUAUCUAUCUCUAUUCUCUAUCUAUCUAUCUAUCUAUCUAUCUAUCUUCUAUCUAUCUAUCUUAA